CUAACGCUAGCCUCGGUCUUGCUUUUUGUACUAGACUAAGACCAAGACUAGCGUUAGAUCUUCAAGACCAACCGAGACCUUCAAGACCAAAUUUCGAGGAUCGGAUGGACGAUGAAACUGGAGAAUUUAAUUCGGCUUUUUUUAAAAGAACCGAUCCAGAAACAGGGGAAAACGAACUUAUGACAUAUUUUUUGAACAAAGAAACUGGAGAAGAGGAAUAUUACAGCAUUCACUUCAUAUGGGAAAGUUUGCAAGCCCAAAACCCUUUCCAAAUUAGCAGAUAUAGCCUAGGAAUUCCUACAAUAGUUAAACAAGAUACUGCUAAAACACAUUCGGAUGAAAUAUUCAGAGACUUUAUUGCUGCAUUGGUUUUUUUACUGCCUACUGUAAUUUUUACGCCUAUUCUUGGACUUAUUGUGGUAACAUCUGCUGUAAUUUUACACGCAUGGUGUCAUCGACAAAAUGCUAAACUCUUACGACAAGGUGACAAUUCGAUUUAUUAUCAAAGUCCAUUCCAUACUAUAUUUAAAGAAUUUUGUUCCAAGUGUAUUGCCGAAGAAGAAUGCAAAAAAAUUUGCAAAAUUCAGAAUAAACGAUAUAAUAAAAGAAUGGCAAUGAAAGAAUCGUUGAAAAGAGUAGUAGCUUAAAAAUAGUUAGUGGUAUUUACAUUCCAAGGCAAAGGACGAUUUGAGCAUGAGGCUGAGAUGCAUCUAAUGACGUUGUAAUAUUUUGUAAGAAAUCUUUUGUAUAGCUUUUUUAAUAAGUAUUAUAUAUUCUGCGAUGGUGUAGGUAUUACUUCACAACUAAUUGAAUAAAGAAAUACAAAGAAAUAGAAAGUUAAACUUGGGAUAUAAUAAUAAUAUCUCAAUUGAACUAUACACUAAACUGUUUUCUUAUAAUAGUAUUACCAGUAAAUUUCUCUUUUUAUCAACACUUGAUGAAAAUACAAUAAAGUAUGAGUUUAUAACGA